AUGACCCUCCUAGCAGCGGCCGCCGGCGGGGUCACGCUGGCCAAGUAUCUCGAUGCGAAAUUCCACAUUUCCAAAGACGUCCGGUCCCUGUUGACGCUUCGCAAGGGUAUGAAGGAGUAUGAGCGCGCCGCGGCACAGGGCGUUGGCAACGUCUGGCUUGUCUUCCUGGAAGCCGUCGCCCAGUACCCGGACAUGGUGUGCCUGUGGACGCGCGAGGGCGUCUACACCUACCGCGAUGUCCUGGCGCAGGCGAACCGGUGGGCGCACUUUUUUCUCUCGAAAGGCGUGCAAAAGGGCGAUCUGGUCGCCGUGUAUCUGACCAACCGGGCUGAAUUCAUAUUCGUCUGGCUCGGCCUGUGGAGCAUCGGCUGCGCCCCGGCGGCCAUCAACUACAACCUGGCCGGCGACGCCCUAGUGCACUGUCUGAAGGUCAGCGGGGCGAAGAUUGUCCUCGUCGACGACGACGACGAGUGUCGCGUGCGCAUGGAGGAGUCGCGCGGCGUCGUCGAGGACACGCUCGGCAUGGAGCUGAUCCCCAUCGAGACCGACUUGAGCAGCUUCCCGACGACCAUCGCCGACGACAACAAGCGUGCCUUCAACAUGUCCGGCGAGUUCCCCGCCAUCCUGCUGUAUACCUCCGGCACGACUGGCAUGCCCAAGGGCUGCGCGUUCACCAUGUCACGGCUGUACACGACGCUGGGCCUGCGCGCCGGCUCCAUGGACGAGCAGAGCGGCCCCGACGGCGACAUCUGGUACAGCUGCAUGCCGUUGUACCACGGUACAUCGGCCAUCGCCAUGAUCGCGGCCAUCGUCAAGGGCGUCGGCAUCGCCCUCGGGAAGAAGUUCAGCGUGCGCGGCUUCUGGCGGGACGUGCGCGACUCCAACGCCACUGUCUUCGUCUACGUCGGCGAAGCCGCGCGCUACCUCAUGGCGGCGCCGCCCUCGCCGCAAGACCGCGACCAUCGCGUGCGCUGCAUGUAUGGCAACGGCCUGCGCCCGGAUAUCUGGGAGCGGUUUCGCGAGCGCUUCGGCGUGCCCGAGGUGGGCGAGUUCUUCAACAGCACCGAGGGUAUCUUCGGCCUGUUCAACUACAACAAGGGGCCGUUUACCGCGGGCAGUGUCGGCCACCAUGGGCUCAUCAUGCGCAUGAUCAUGCACAACACAUUUGUGCCUGUCGCGAUUGAUCCCGAAACUGGUGACGUCCUUCGCGAUCGGAAGACGGGAUUUGUGGUGCGCAACCCGUACGAGGUUGGGGGUGAGAUGCUCGUCAACAUUCCGAACGAGGAGGCAUUCCAGGGAUACUGGCGCAACGCGGAUGCUACUAACAAGAAGUAUCUCAAAGACGUGUUUAAAAAGGGCGACCUGUGGUACCGGUCUGGCGAUGCGCUCCGCCGACAGUCGGACGGCCGCUGGUACUUCCUCGACCGACUGGGCGAUACGUUCCGGUGGAAGAGUGAGAAUGUCUAA